CUGCGGUUGUGAUUCAAACAACUUCUUCACACUUUGAGCAGAUAUCUGGACAGAUUAAAAUACUGAAAUUUUGAGGAUCUGUAAUCUACCCAUGGUGGUGAUACCACAGGUUAACAGCAUAACCAACAGGCUUAUCUAUUUCUUAACCAAUUGCACUUCCUCUAAUCAUAUUAAACAAAUUCAAGCUCAACUAAUCCUCCAAAACUUUCACUGUAACACAACAAUUGCCUCCUACUUUAUAACUGCUUGCCAAUCUCUGAACCUCUUAAACACAGCCCACCACCUCUUCCUGCAACUGCAUAAACCCCAUGUUUUCAUUUGCAACUCCCUCAUUAGGGCCUUUUCUCAUUCCCAAAUCCCCUGCAUGCCUUAUUCUAUAUACGCCCACAUGUUCAAAAACUCUAUUUUGCCUAAUAACUACACCUUUCCUUUUGUGCUCAAGUCCUUGUCUGACUUUAAAGAGUUAAAAAAAGGGAAGAUCAUGCAUGCGCACGUUGUAGAAUUGGGUCAUGUUAAUGAUAUUUAUGUCCAAAAUUCGUUAUUGAAUGUCUACGCUUCGUGUGAUGAUAUGGAACUGUGCCGGAAAUUGUUUGAAGAAAUGACUCAAAGAGAUGUUGUGUCGUGGACAUUGUUGAUUAUGGGUUAUAGAAGUAUUAAAAAGUAUGAUGAUGCAUUGAGUGCUUUUGAGCAAAUGCAAUACGCAGGUGUGGAGCCAAAUCAUGUUACGAUGGUGAAUGCCUUGGCUGCGUGUGCGAGUUUCAGUGCCUUUGAAAUGGGUAUUUGGAUACAUGAUUUUAUAAAGAGGAAACAGUGGGAAUUGGAUGUAAUUUUGGGGACUGCGCUGGUUGAUAUGUAUGGAAGAUGUGGGAGGAUUGAGGAAGGAUUAAAAGUUUUCAAAAGCAUGAAAGAGAAGAAUGAAUUUACGUGGAAUGCAGUUAUUAAGGGGCUAGCUCUUGUUAAGAGCGGAGAGGAGGCAGUUUGGUGGUUUAAUCGAAUGCAGCAAGAAGGGUAUAAGGCUGAUGAAGUGACCUUGGUUAGCGUACUUUGUGCUUGUAGCCACUCAGGCUUGGUUGUUAUUGGCCGAGAGAUUUUUAGUUCUUUGAUUGUUGGGAAGUACGGAUUUCCACCAGGUGUAAAACAUUAUGCGAGCAUGAUUGACCUAUUUGCACGAGCCGGUUUUCUUCAAGAUGCUUUCAAGUUGAUAGCAGAAAUGCCUUUUGAGCCUACUAAGUCUAUGUGGGGAUCAUUGCUUGCUGGAUGCAGAGAUCAGGGAAGUUUGGAAUUGAGUGAGUUUGUCACUAAGAAGCUUUUGGAAUUGGAGCCGGAUAAUAGUGCUUAUUAUGUUGUGUUAUCUAAUUCGUAUGCCCAGAUGGGAAGAUGGAGUGAUGCUGAAAAGGUCUGGGAGUUGAUGAAAGACAUGGGACUGAAGAAGGAGCUAGGCUUUAGUUCUCUAGAGACUGGACCCUUGAACUUGUUAAUGAACUUUCAGGACAAAAAGUCUCAUUUCAGUUCCAUUCAGAGAGAAAGUAGUAAGUUUUCUUUCAAUGGAGGAGUUUGUGUUGAUGUAACUGGCUAAUUAAGGGUAAUCAGGAAACCUACAGUUACUACAGAAGCAGUUAUAUCCUGUUUCUGCUUUCUCAGCAUCCAGCUGAUCAAUCUUGCUCUUUGAUACUGCCUAUAGGAAGCAUUGGAACAUGCCCAUUUGUCUUUUGAAGCUGAAGAAGCCUAUUUCAACCUUUGAUAGAUUAUCGGCAUUCUGAUCUAUCACUGGGCAAAGGUACUCCUCAUUUAUAGAUAAUGAUUUAAAUCUUCCUAUACGGGUAACUUAUUAUGCAUUUUGACUGGAAACUAUUCACAUUCUCUCCUGUAAACAAGUGCACAAUAUUUAAUUGUUAGAUAAUCUGAAUUUCACGGUGUGAAACUGAAACUAAAUAAUAAUUUUUCUCAAAGUUUUAUUAAA